GAAGCUUUGUUUUUUUUAGUAUCAACUAAACAGUCUAUGAGGAAUAAUAAUAAUUUGUCGAAACAAAUAAAGAUAAUAAAAACAAAUUAAAUAAAAUAAAAAAUUAUUAAAAUUAAUUUUCUAAAAAUAUUUAAACAUUUUAGAAACCAAAAGCCUAAAAAUGUUCUCUUCAAAGUCAAUUGCCGCUACCUUUGCCCUAGUGGCCAUAGGUUUUGCUUUUAUGCAAUUCAGUCAGGCUAUGCCCUCCAUAAGUCAUUAUGGCAAACGUUUUGAUUCCAUGUCUGGCAUUGAUUAUAUUCAAAUCUGCUUAAAUAAUUGUGCCCAAUGCAAGAAAAUGUUUGGCGAUUAUUUCCAAGGUCAAACUUGUGCUGAAUCCUGUUUAAAAUUCAAGGGCAAGGCCAUACCAGAUUGUGAGGAUCUACCCUCUAUAGCGCCCUUUUUGAAUACCCUGGAAUAAAUGCCCAAUUGAUUGGAAGAGAAUAGUGAAAAUAGUGGAAAAGGUUGAUAUGUUGAUUCGAUGUGAUGAAGAUUGAUGACGUUGACGUUAACGUUAAUGAUGACGUUGAUGCUGAUGUAACGAAUUAUGGAAAAGACUUAU